AUGGAGGAUGGAGAAAUGGGUCAAGAUGGCUAAGAGCCUAACCAAAACAGUGCUACCAAAAAGUUAGUAGAUUCCAGACAAGCAAGGAAAAAAGCUGAGGAAGAUGUUCAAUUACUUGCCAAUAGAAUAAAUCUACUCAAAAUGGAAGAACAAAAGGCCUGGAAGAAGAUAGAAGAAACAAAAAAGAAAGCCAAGGAUAUAAUGCAAGUUAAAAAUCGCAAUCAAGAGUAACAAAAACUCAAAGAACAGAGAGCUCAGGAGAAAGCUUUAGAGGAAAAGAUGCUUGCUGAAAAAAAUCAAAAUAUGAAGACAACAAUAAAGGAAACUAUUCAGACAUCAAAAGAGCAGCAUUAUAAAAAUGUUAUGGAUGAAGCUGAGAGAUUAAAGCAGGAGAAGAGAGAACAGCUAGAGAUGGUCUAAAUGCAGCAGUAGCAAGACUUAUUGAAGAAGGCUAGUCUGAGAUAGCAGAUCAAAGCAUAAGAGUUGACAGUGGAGGAGAAGAAGCAGAAAGAUUACGCUGACAAAAAAGCUAAAAUUAGACUUGAACUUCAACAGAGGAUUAUUGCUGAAAAUCAAAGACGCAUAGAUAUUGAGGUAAAUUUUAUUAGACUAGUGAUAAUGUUAAUAUAGUAAAACAUAUCAAAAAUGGAGUAGGAAGAGUUGGAGUUGAUUCAGAAAUUGCAAAAUACUUAACUUAUCUAAAAGGAGGCAUUUGAGCAAUUAGAGACCGCUUUAACAUAAACUGUACAAAUGCCAACCUAAGACAGUGAGUCUUCUAGAUAAAAUCUAAGCUCAUAAAAGCAGAAGUACCUAAGCUCACCUAUGAAAGGAUAGGGAAGUGAUGAAAAAUAAUCAAGACCGAAGACUGCUUAGACCAAUCAAAGUACUCCACAAUAAGAUAGUUGA